AUGCCUAAAUCUCCAAGGCUGCCGCUUAAUGGGCUGUUCCCCAUUGAGAAGCCCUCUGGACCCAGCUCGAUGCAAGUCCUAGAGCGGAUCAGCCCUCUGCUCAUCGACUCCAAGUUGUUCUAUGAUCCCGAACGAAUGAAGUUUCACAAUUCAAAGGGCAAAAGGAAACGGAACACGACGGACAAGGGGCUGAAGAUUGGUCAAGGAGGGACGUUGGAUCCACUGGCAGAUGGAGUAUUAGUCGUGGGCAUCAAUCGAGGUACCAAGCAUUUGCAGGAACUCUUGGAGGGACCUAAAGAAUACGAGGCGAUUGGGCUGCUCGGCGCUGCAACGACUACAAUGGAUUCUGAAGGCGAGGUGUUGUCAACAGGUGAUUUCGACUCUAUUACGAGAACAGACGUGGAGAAAGCCCUCGAGACUUUCAACGGAACCAUCACCCAGACGCCUCCGAUCUUCUCAGCUCUCAAGAUGGAGGGCAAGCCCUUGUACGAAUACGCACGAUCGAACACACCCCUUCCCCGUGCGAUCCCUACAAGGCAAUGUCAGGUCUCUAUCAAGCUCCUCGAGUUUACACCCGCCUCGAAGUCUCCUGGAGAUGGAGGGCACGACUAUCGCUGGCCGGAGAAACAACUGACGGAAGAGGACAAGAGGGUGUUUCGUCGUCUGACAGAACUGGUCCACGCGUCCUCGACAUCUGAGCCGCCGAUGCCUGAUAUAGGUGCCGAGUUCCCAGAGACAUCUGGAAAGACUGGUUUACGACCCGCAACGUUCCGUGUGCGGAUGACAGUUUCUGGAGGGACCUAUGUCCGGAGUAUUGUCCAUGAUAUGGGUCUGCUGCUUGGCUGUGGAGCCCAUGUGGUCCUGCUCAGGAGGACCAGACAGGGUCAAUUUGUCUUGGAUGAGAAGGAUAUAGCAGAGACGAGCGAAGAGGCCAUGGUGAAUCAAGAGCAACCUGAAUCGUUUGCCAAAGGACGGCCUACAACAGCUUGUAUACCGUGGUCAGUCUGGGAGGACGCACUGGCUCAGCGUAAAGUCAUGUUGGCAGAUGAGGCAAGGGAAAAGGAGGAGCUGUUGGCAGCGGGCACGGAUCCAAAGCAAGUGCGGGAGCAGUUCAGCGAAGAGGCAUUGAGGUUGAGACGGAUGGAUCGGCCGGAGAUGGAGUGGGAGAAGCAGGUUCUCAGAUGGUUCAUAGACGUCCCGAUCCCCGUCAUCAGAAGCUCCAAUAAUGCGGCUCAUUUCAGGUGA